GUUUAUGUGUUCUGAUGCAUGUAUAUCAAAUAAAUUGUAUUCAAUUCAAGGUAAUCGAUGUCCUGACUGGGGAGGGCCACAAGGUCAUCUUCUCAGAGGACAGGCCAAGUAUGACCUCAAGCCUAGACUCCACGGUGUGUAUUGCCUCAAGCCCAGAAUCUAGACCAGGUCUUACCUCUACUCCAGUGGACAUAGCAAGAAGUUCCUCCAUCCCUGAGGCCAGACCAAGCAGUUCUUCUGCCACCCCAGGGUCCAGCCCCAGCAGUGAGUCCCUGUGCUGCAUGUCCAGCAGCCACGAUCAGGAGACCCAUGUCCAACGCCCAUCUGACCCACCUGGUAAGCUCCUAGGAGGCCAGGCCAGCACCCUGAGAUCUCAAAACCCACUGAUGCUCAAUGAAAAGGAUCUGUCAGACAGGGAGCUAAUGCCCUAUGCCAACAGCAUUAUCAACAUUAUCAUGCAGAAGAUGCACCAUGACAAUGACCUUUACGAGUCCGUGGGUGGCCAGAAACCACUGUCCCCAAGAAGGCGAUCACGCCCAGCUCUUCUGUCACAAUACUCUCCUCUGGACAAUGCCAAGAUCCCUGUGCUUUACAUCCCCAAGAGGGCUGAUCGGAAAUCACUGAAGUCAGUUGAUCCGAAGGCCCUGAGAGUAGUCAGGUGGGUGCUGCAGACCAUCCAUAGACGCCAUGGGUGGCUGGGUCAGGCUAACGACCACAGCAGACAGGCCAAAGAAAGCUUGCUGCUCUGUGAUGUCAUCCAGGUCCUGCUUGAGAAGCUUGACCACAAGACCACUACUGGAGAUCUACAGGUGGCACCUACCCAAACAUAUGCCCUACAUAAUGACGACCGCUUCAAGACGAAGUUGCAGGAGGCUACAGUUGAACCCAUCAGCGAUAUCAUCGGACAUCUGUCUAUCAAUCUGCUGAGGUCCGAGUCUUGCUUCGAGCCCAAGAAGAGAUGGUCGUCGUCAAGCACCCUGGCUAAGAGCGUCUCGAUGACCAACCUGGGGAGCCGAGCUGUGGCUUCGGCUGUGGCCAUGGACAUCAGCUCCAAUGUGGUUGAGAAGCUCAAAGAGGCCUCAGGUAGCAGCAAGACCACUUGCUCGAUGACUAGCCUUCGGGACUUUGUCAGAGCCAUGACCGUCAGCCAUCCAGAGCUCAGCCAGCAGGCCACCUCGUGUGGGUCAAAACUUCACAACGUCUACAGGGAGGUUCUGGAGAUGGUUGUGACCAAGCUGAGGAGUUGUGUCACCAAAGGGGGAUCAUUUCACAAGCCCACAGAGCACUUAGCGCAGAAGAUGGCGGAGAGCUGCCUUGAGGUAGAAUGUGCUUUCAUGGAGAUUCUGCAGACACUUAAGAGUCACGGAACAGGCGAUGAGGCAUGCAGCGCCUGGGCAGUUGACUGCAUGUCCACGACUAUCUCUGACACCAUGUUUAAACGUGUGACUGAGGGGGGCCAUCCUCCUCAUGUUACUCAUGUCUCUGGGGCGACGGUCACAAACUGUGGUCCAAUCAGAAUCAGUGAUGUUAACCAGCAGCGGCCUAUCAAGAUCAAGGCUAGAAUGUCCAGAUCCUCCGUGAACCUCCUACAAACCACUGUGGAAAAGUUUGUGCAUAAGCUGACGGAUGAGCGGGUGUCCAUCCCAGAACUAGGAGAAGGAAUGUCUACUUCUACCAGUCCCCAGCAAGGAAAGGAUCCUGAGAACCUACGUAGACCACAGAGUGUUCAGAGAUUCACUACGGAGCCUCCCCCCGAGCUCUCGCCACGGAGCCAACUGAAACGGGAGGAGCUAAUUAGUAUGCUGUGUGCAUUGAUGAGCAAAUCCAUCAUUAGCUCCUUGUCUUUGGAUAGAGCUUUUCAGGUUCCAGUUGACACAGUCUCAGAUACAAAGGAAAGCAGAACCUCUGCUGUGAAGUUGGGUACGAAUGCCAGAACGUUGGUGCCAACGCCCCCUCCUCGCCCCACUAACAGUCAGAGGGAUAAUAAGCCUGUCCAAGAGGACAGCAGGAGGAGAAUCCGACCUCUCCGUACUCGUCAGGCUGCCAAGAGGGUGGUCAGCUCCAUGGACUUGGACAUUUCCAGGACCACUAGUAGAAGCACUGGGAUGGUGGCUCAGCUGGCUUGUCCAGUCAACAGCAACAACAAUCUCUUCAGCGAGCCUCCCAGCACCUCUGCAGCCAUCUCAAACACAUCCCUAGCAGCCUCUGAGAUCACUGAGAAUUUGGUGUGUAAACUCCUCCAGGGGGAUUCUCCAGACUUCAUGUCAUCCAGCAACCACAUCAGCCCAAGGCCCUGAGGAACAACAUUCAACGAAUGGAACUGCAGAAACCUCGUUUUCUAAAUAUCUAGGCUUAAUAAAAAUAAUUUUGCAAUGACA